AUGCGAUGUUUUCGACUUUGGGCUGCGUUACUGUCUCUUGUGGCACCUUUGCUUGCUGAUCUCUCAUACGCCGAAACGCAGUCCCUACCGUCGUGCGCUCAACUCUGCAUUGCCGACCUUCUUCCCAAAUCGUCUUGUGUUUCCACUAACCAGACAUGCAUUUGCACGAAUGCCCCUCUCAACAAGGAAUUGACCGCUUGCGUCUCGGCGAAUUGCACCCUCAAAGAAUCUCUCACUGCUGUCAACAUCACUGAUACAACAUGCGGGUCGCCCAUUCGAGACCAGACUUCCCCGAGUAUCCUCGUGCCGGCGGUAGGCAUGAGCAUCUUCAUUGUCCUCAUUAUUAUGAGAAUGUACACCCGCCUCGUGGUCGCCAAGUUGGAAGUGGGGUUAGAUGACUGGGUAACAAUUCUCCUUGGGUGUCUCGCAGUGCCUGUUAAUACGGAUUCAAUAUUGCUUGGCAAGGCAGGUCUAGGUAAAGAUAUCUGGACUCUGAAAUUCGACAGUAUCACUCGAAUCCUCUACCUGUUCUAUAUCCAAGAGCUCCUCUACAUUUCAUGUGUCUCGCUCGUCAAGAUCGGCUUCCUCUUAUUCUACCUACGAAUCUUCCCGACCGACCGCAUACGUCUCAUUAUUAAAAUCUCUUGCAUUGUGACAAUUUGCUAUUGGCUGGGCUUCCUAUUUGCUUUCGCAUUUCAAUGUUCGCCUGUUAGUUAUAACUGGACUAUGUGGGAUGGAGAACAUCAAGGUACAUGCGUGAAGACAAAUGCAAUGGUCGUCACCGCUGCCGCAUUGAAUAUUGUCUUGGACGUAUGGGUCAUUGCCCUGCCUAUUCCGAAGGUACUGAAGCUGCAAGCAUCAAUCACCACAAAGCUUCAAGUUCUCUUGAUGUUUUCUAUUGGAUUCCUAAUUACUGGAGUUGGUGUCUAUCGCGCCGUAAUGCUGAAGCUAUUCGCCACCAGCACAAAUCCCACAUGGGACAAUGCUCCAGGUGGCUACUGGUCCGUGAUCGAAAUCGAUGUUGGCAUUUUCUGUCUAUGUAUGCCGGCCUUGCGAUCGUUGCUUGGUCGUCUACUCCCAUCUAUCUUCGGCGCAACAAAGGGAGCUAGCAGUGUGGGACAAAGUAGUAGCCAGAAAAAAAUACGGACUGCUGGUACUAGUAGCGGCCCAAACACAAGCUUCGUCCAAUUGAUAGAGAUGGAUGACAUGGGUAACAUGAAAAGCCACUCUGAUAUCUAG